AUCACACAUAAGCCAUAUCAAACAUUUCUUUUUAUAUAUUCGUACGCGUCGUCUUGUGAUUGGCUGUUCGGCACUUCAAUCUUCUCAGAUUCUCCCCAAAAAAUAGAGAUCGGAGCAGUUGCUUGAGUUCCUCCAGUCGUCACGCUUCUGACUCGCCGACAAAUUCUGUUUCUUCGCCGGAAAAGUUUGUUGGCGGCGGUAGGUUAACGAGAUGGUGAAUUCGAUGGUGGAGAGAGCUACCAGUGACCUGCUCAUCGGCCCUGAUUGGGCCAUGAACAUCGAGAUCUGUGAUAUCUGCAAUCGCGAUCCUGUGCAAGCAAAGGAUGUUGUAAGAGGCAUAAAAAAGCGUAUCAAUAGCAGGAAUCCUAGAGUUCAACUUCUGGCCCUAACACUGUUGGAAACUAUUAUUAAGAAUUGCGGGGAUAUUGUCCACAUGCAUGUUGCUGAGAAAGACUUGCUUCAUGAAAUGGUUAAAAUUGUGCGAAAGAAGCCUGAUUUUCAUGUCAAAGAGAAGAUAUUGGUUCUGAUAGAUACUUGGCAAGAAGUUUUUGGAGGAGCAAGAGCAAGAUAUCCACAAUACUAUGCAGCAUACCAGGAGUUGUUGCGUAUGGGAGCAGUAUUUCCUCAAAGAUCUGAGAAUGCACCAGUUUUUACACCUCCUCAAACACAACCUCUCUCGUCGUAUCCACAGAAUCUGCGAACUUCAGAACCUGGACAAGAAGCAGCUGAGACUUCUGCAGACUCUGAGUUUCCGACAUUGAGUUUGACAGAAAUUCAGAAUGCACGUGGUAUUAUGGAUGUUCUUUCAGAAAUGUUAAGUGCGAUAGGUCCAGAGAACAGGGAGGGGCUUAAACAAGAGGUCAUUGUUGACUUGGUUGAGCAGUGCCGCACAUACAAACGAAGAGUGGUACACCUUGUUAACUCGACUUCGGAUGAAUCUCUGCUUUGUCAGGGUUUAGCAUUGAAUGAUGACUUGCAGCGGUUGUUGGUUAAACAUGAAGAUCUUGCUUCUGGAGAUGUAACAGAAAACACUAAGCCUGAAUUAACACGAGCAAUUGUGCCAGUGGAUGCUCCUCUAAUUGAUACAGGCGAUACCAAACAGAAUAAUGGAGGAUCCACCUCGAGUGCUGUUGCUGGGAAACAGUCACUACAGUCUACUCCUGCUAGCAAUGGCACACCAAGCAUAUCUGCUAAUGCCAAUACUAAAAUGGUGGACCUUUUGAGUGGAGAUGAUGACUAUUCUCUAGCUCUUGUUCCAGUCGGGGAGCCUCAGCCAACUGUUCCCGUGUCUCAGCAGAAUGCCCUAGCACUUGUUGAUAUGUUUCCACAAAGCAAUGCAUCGACACCACAAACGUAUCCUUCAACACCCCAAUUGCAGCAGCCCCAGAAUUUUCAAUCUUCACAAUCUUCAAUUUAUCCAAAUGGAAGUAUCCCUAGUAAUGCACCACCACAAUAUGGGCAGUCCCUCUAUGCUCAAGACAGGAAUCCUGUCUGGAAUGGCCAGAUCCCCCAACAGCAGCAGCAACAGCAACAGCAACAGCAGCCACCUUCACCAGUAUAUGGUUCAUUACCCCCACCACCUUGGGAAGCUCCUCCAGAAGCAGAUAAUACCCCUCCAAGUGUGAAUUCAUACCAGCCACCGAUGCAAUCUUCUUCCGCAGGGGUUGCACAUUCCCAGCCGAUGCCAGGUAACGUGAAUUCUCAGGUCUAUCAGCCUAUGGGAAAUAAUCAGGGAACAGGCAUGUACGCUCCGCCAAUCAAUGGAGGAAAUCUUUCAGGAUUUAAUAAUCAGAAUAUGAUGCCCAAUCAAAUGGCAGGGUUUUAUCCUCAACAAAUGCAAGGAGGUCAAUCGAUGGCUAUGCAUCCCCAACAAAUGCAGUAUGGGCAAAUGGGUUAUAUGCAACCUCAGCCAAUGUAUAACCAGAUGCCAGGGUACGGCCAACCAACCGGCUAUGGCUAUGGAUACGGGUAUGGCCAACAACAAAACAAUCAGUUCCUUGAACAGAAAAUGUCGGGGUUAUCUGUCAGAGAUAAUGGUGGGCUGAGUAGUUCAACUUAUCAGAGUGCUUCAUCAUAUGUACCAUCUGGAAAACCUUCUAAGCCAGAGGAUAAGCUAUUUGGCGACCUAGUAGACAUUACAAAAUUCAAGCCUGCGAAAACCAUGUGAGAUUGUGACUAUGGUUUUGUACAUCGUACUUUAUUUUUGUUUUCCAGCCCUUUUUAAGUUUCUUUAUCUUUCUUUUCAGUUUUUAUUAAUUUUCGAGAAUAAUAUAUAAAUACAUAUUCCAUAUUGGUGGACA